UUUCUGUUGACUUUUGUCAAAACUCUCGACUUCUAUAUUAAAUCUAUAUUUCACAAGUAAAACGGCAAGACAAGCAAUCUAUAUCGCUUGGAAUGUGCACUAUGGACAGCAGAACAUAGACUGAUCUCUAGCCACCUUGGAAAUACCUUAGAAAGAUCAAGAAAAAUGCAAAAUAUUCUGCAAAUAUUUGCACUUUUAUUGGGUUUUUUGGGUUGUGGGUCUGCUGUAUUAUCAUUAUAUAAUCACUAUUGGAAAGUGUCUACAGAUGAUGAUAGUGUCAUUAUCACCUCCAACAUCUUUGAGAACCUCUGGAUGUCCUGUGCAGAUGACUCUUCUGGCACUUUCAGUUGUCGGGAUUUUCAGUCCUUGCUUGCUUUACCAGGUUACAUCCAAGCAUGUCGUGCACUAAUAAUUACAUCCAUUGUGCUUGGCACAUUUGGGCUGGUAGCAACUCUGGUAGGUAUGCAGUGUUUCAAAAUAGGAGGAGGCAAUUACAUAAUGAAGAGUAGAAUCGCUGGAGCUGGAGGUGUGUUCUUCAUACUGCAAGGUCUGUGCACAAUGACUGCAGUGUCUUGGUAUGCUUUCAAUAUCACUCAGGAAUUCUUUGACCCGCUUUACCCAGGAAUAAAGUAUGAAAUUGGAGAAGGGCUGUACAUUGGUUGGAGUUCAGCCACGCUGGCUUUAUGCAGUGGUAGUUGCUUGCUGUGUUCCUGUGGAUUGUGCACCCCGAUGGGGAAAAAGUCAUUCCGUCAAUCCCAUCUUCAGGACUUCAGAUCUUCACACCAGCCUCAAUCCAUUAAUAUUGUUCCAACAGUUUCUACAACAUCUCACUAUCUUUCAAGGCAAUAUGUUUAGUUAAUGCAAUGAAUUAGUCAGACCAUCAAAAUCGCUAGGGCACUUCAGCUCAUUUUGAAAGGGCACUUUCUAUCUAAGACUAAAAAGGGCAUGUGCACUGCACAGGUUGAAAACUAUGUGUGCAUGUGCCUGUGGACAAGAACGGUCACUUUUUUUUAUGUUAACAUGUUCUGAAGUUUUCUGGAUAAGUUAUGUAAAUGUCUUUUGAAAGAAUUUCUUUCUUUCUUUCUUUUUUAACAAUUAAUGCUGAAAAGGCAUGGCCACUAUUUUUGUGCCUGAACCUUAUUGAAUAUACAUUUGUAGGAGUUGCAAGAAUCUGAGAGCUCACUGAUCCUCCAAAGGCAAAUCCAGAAAGGUACCAAAACAUUCCUAAAAAAGUGGAAGUUAAUUUUGAGAGCACGCAACUUCAUUUCUACGUUUCGAGUCUGGCCAAACUGGAUGAAUGUGCACAUGCCAACAUCAUUAGGUACCCAAAACAGCUGCCUGAUGUUAAGUCCUAUAGGUGUUUUUGUUUUGUUUUUUUUUUACUUUGUGUACAAAAUAUUUAUUGUUGUUCCUCAGACUGUCCGAAGCUUCUUAGGUAAAUUACUUUUAAUGGUAUAUGAAGUUUUGCAUUCAAGCAGUCAAUUGUCUUGAAAAUAUAAAACUCAGCCUAAAUUAUUCAUUUGCACAAGUGUACUUAAAGCAAAGAUUUUCACGAGUGCCCUAAAAACUAUUCCACAAUUUAUUCAUCGCAUACGUAAACUAGCAAUUUAAAUCAAUUAAUAAAUCACACACAAACAUGUUUUGUCGUAAGAUGCCCCCUUUUGUUAAAAAUAAAAGCUCGAUGAUAGUACAAAUAAUAAUACCAUUAUAAAUCUAGAUCAUGACAAUAAUCCAGAAACUAGUCACUGACAAAGAAUGCUACAAUAAGGGUUCUGCUUUCCACACUUGCCACUAUACGACAACUUGUGCUAUGCUUGGUAUAUACUGCUUUGGUCGGUACGCAAAUGAGAUUUUAUGUCUGUGUAUGCAAAAUGUCAGUUAAUCACCUACAGUGAUUUUGCAAUUCCCAUUUUCAUUUAGUUAAUCUAGUUUUUUUUUUUAUAUAUAUAUAUUCACAGAUCAGUUAAUAGGCUAAGAUCAGUAUUGCUGUAACUAGAUCUAACAAAUUCUUACUACUCUUUUAACAAAGGAGUAUAUGCCCUGCUGAAAGAUGAUUACCCCAGCAAUAAAUACAAAUGUUAUCAAAGUAAAGUUCAGUGAAUAACCACUGCUUCUGAUGGGACCAUGUAAAUAUAUUAUUAAAGCUAAUAAUAAAGACAAUCCAGAAUUGUA